GCUGCCAUUAAAGCUGGUGUAGAAGAAGAAAGAAGCCGGAAGCGGAGUGCGGUGUCCUUGCGUGUGAAUCCAGGAGAGAAAUAAUGUUUAGACACAUGAAUGCGCUCCAGCAGGUGGCGCGGCGGAGCAUUAGCAGCUCAGUCCGGAGGGAAGUGAACAAAGUCCCGGAGAAACAGAAGCUGUUCCAGGAGGACAACGGGAUGCCGGUCCAUCUAAAGGGAGGCGCCGCCGACGCCCUGCUGUACAGAACGACGAUGGUGCUCACCAUCCUGGGAACCGGAUACGUGGUGUACGAGCUGGUGAAAGCAGCGUUCCCUCAGAAGAAGGACUAACUCCUCCUCCUCCUCCUCCUCUUCCUCCUGCUUUACCUCCACUAUGUACAAAAAGAUGAAAAUAUUCCGUCUGCGCCCGGCCCGGCCCCAGCCGCCGGCCUCCCGUCACGGUGCGAUAUUGUUUCAUGUUCAUGGGAUCAAUAUUUAUUUCUUGUACUCUGAGGAUCAAUAAAAGAUUUAAAAUGCCUCUCAUGACCCUCCAGAA